AUGUUCAAUGAAGCUGAUAAUGAUUUAGAAACCUUAUUAUCUUUCUUAGAUAAUGAGGAUUCAUUAGAUCUUAUGUUAAAUGAUGAAGAAUUUUUAGACAGUAUUAAAAGAGGAUUUAAAAACACUGUAGAGAAGACAACUAAUUGGUUUGCUGAAAAUGGAGAAAAGGUUUCUCAAGCUAUUGGAAAGGUUAAUAAAGCAGCUGGAAUGGUUGAAAAGGUUGCUAAGACUGUAGGAACUGUUGCUACAGUUGCUAGUGCAAUUCCAGGAGUAAAUGCUAUUGCUGCACCAGUUGCAGCUGCGGCAAAGACUAUAGAAGGAGGAGCUAAAGUUGUUAAAACUGUAUCUUCUGUUGCACAGAAAACUGUGGAUACAGCCACCGACUUUUCAAAAGGGUAUCAAAAAGGUGGUCUCAAAGAAGGAAUAAAGCAAGGAGGUAAAACACUUGCAAAUAAUGUUAAGGGUUGGGCUGUUAAUAAAGCUGUUGGUAUUGUUGCGGAUGGUGUUGUAGGAACAUUAUCUAAAGUUAGUUCAGGAGAGAAAGUAGAUUUAUCAGGAAAGAAAAUUAAAGAAGGAUUUAUAUCUAAAGCAAAAGAUAGUUUUAAUAUUAAAAAGAAUGUAAUGAAAACUGUUAGUGAUGCUAAGGAUGUAUUUAAAGCAAAAGAUAGUUAUAAAAAGAAUUUAGAGAAAAUUUCAAAUGGUGCUAAGACAUUAUCAUUUAAAGAUAUUAAAAAGGGUGUUAAAAGCUUAAAAGGAAAGAGUGUUUCUCAAUUGGCAAAAGGAGCACGUUCUGCUGUCAAGAGCUUUACUAAAAAAGCAACUUCUAAUGAUGUAAAGAAUAAUGUUGCAAAAGAAGUAAAUAAGGUAAUUAAGAGUAAGGUUGAAAAUAGUAUAAAAGGAAAGAUUAAAGAUAACUUGAAAAAUGGAUAUUCAAAAGUAGAAAAAGCUGGUGUUGCAGGAGGUAAAAUGUUAGCUGGUAAAGCAAAGGAAAUGGCUGCUCAAAGGAAAUCAAAAAAGAAAGCUAAGGCAUUAACAAAGAAAACAAAAGCAUUAACUAAAAAAACCAAAGCAUUAACAAAGAAAACAAAAUCAGGUAAAUUAAAUAAAAUUGCUAAAUCAGCCCCAAAAAGAAAAACAACAAAAAGAAUAACAAAAGCAACACAAAAAAGAACAGUAAAAGCAAUUUCAAAGAAAGUAUCUAAACCAAAUAAAAUCGUUAAAAAGAAUGUUACAAAGUCAAAAAAAUCUAAAAAAUAA